AUGAUUUUUCGAUUGACAACAUCAAUUAUCUAUCAUUAUAAAACAUCUGAUUAUUUAAUUGGUCAAGUUGAUCAUUAUUAUAAAAUAAAUCAAUUAGAACAAUGUUUUAUUUCUUAUUCAAGAUAUAUAACAUUAUUUGUUGAAAAACUUAAACAACAUCAUCGAGAUUUUCCUAAUGUAUCAAUAAAUGAUCGAGAACGUGUUAAAGAAAUUAUUCGUACAAAAGCUUUUCCACAUGCAGAAGAAUUAAAAAAUAAAUUAAAAGAAAAAUACAUUCGAGAAUAUAAAGAGAAACAAAAAACAAUAGAUGAAGAUGAAGAGGAAGAAGAUAAUUUGAAAAUAUCAGCUACAACAUUGACUUGUGCACCAAUCAAGUAAGAAUAUUGUCAAAAAAAAAUAUAUAUAUAUAUAUAAUCAAACAGUGAAAUUAUUUUUUUUCUAUUUUUAAAGUACAAAUAACGACAUAAAUAUUUUUUAAUAUAAACUAAAGUCACAAUAAAAAAUUUACAAAGAAAAUAAAAGAGAAAAUAUUUUGAAAAUGAUUCAUUUCAAAUUUGAGCAAUUCUAUUUCUUCUUUCUAUUACAUAAAACAAAUUUUAAAAAAAUUUAUUUGCAAAUUGAAAUUUAAAAAAAUUUUCACAAUUUAUUCUCUUAUUUUUAUCUUAAUAUUUAUCAUGAACAUGAAUUAACAUCUUCAUUGCUUAAAUAUAAUUUUGUCCAAUCACCAUUAAUUCAUACAUCUUUAUCUUUAUGUGUUGUAUCACCAAUUGAUAACAGUUUUCAACAAAUCAGUAAAGGAUCAUAGACAAAUGACAUUCAACAUAAAGAGAAGUCUCCGACGUAUCUCAACAUUAAAAUAUAUAUUUACAUUUUUUUAAAACUCAAUUUAUGUUUUUCGAAGAAAAACACUAGUAAAUUGAAGUUUUAACUUGAGAUUUUACGACUCUCUUCUGAUUGCAACGAAGAUCAAAGCUCAAUAGAUAUGAUUUUCAUAGCAAAAGGGGAGAUAUGAGCUGAUACUAUCACUCAUUAAAUACGUUUCGAUAGCAAUCGAGAACAGGAGGCGACAGAUCAUUUAGCAAUCGAAAAGGAAAAAUAGAUGCUGCACAAUACUACAUCA